AUGGCGAGGAAACGCAGAGCUGACUCCAGCAGCACCCAGCCCAUCGUCAGCCCUAUGACCUCCACUCCUCGUCGACGAUCAACCCUCCGAGACCUGCAAAGCGCGCCAAGUGAUGGAGGUGUAGUAGUCCCGAAGGUCAUCAAUGCUGCGCCGUCCUUGGAAAAAGCAGAGAUGUAUGGCAUAGACGACCCGCGCCCGGCUUCCUCGAGGAUGUUGGCUAUGGCGGGCCGCAUUUUUAUCGAGACCAUUCCGCAAUGGCUCGCGGUGGGAGCGAUGCUGGGCUUGAUCUUUGGCGGCUGCUGCUCAAAUGUUUUUGCGCUGGAAGCUAUUGUGAAAGUCGAGCCAGACAGCGGUAUGGACAAGCGAAGGAUGGUGACCGCCUGCUAUAACAUAAAGCUGACGUCUACAGGGACGCUGUUGACUUUUGUCCAAUUCCUCUUCGUUGCUACCACAGGAUACAUCUCCCAAUUCGAUCGAACUCGACCUCCGCUAUUCCUCAAGCCGAACCGUGUCCCUAUCCGCCGUUGGAUGUUCAACAUCCUUCUAUUUUUUACGAUUAAUGUCUUGAAUAAUCAUGCAUUCAGUUACAAUAUAUCGGUCCCGAUACAUAUCAUUCUUCGAUCUGGGGGCAGUAUCACAACACUCGCUGCGGGCUAUCUAUGGGGGAAGCGGUUCUCGAGGAUACAAGUGCUGGCAGUCACCCUCUUGACGGUUGGGGUUGUGAUUGCGGCGUGGUCGGACCAGCAAUCAAAAAAGGACGUUCAGAUAUCGCAAGACCUCCCGCCCUUCAGCACCGGACUUGCCAUACUAUUUUUCGCCCAGGUGCUCUCAGCUAUCAUGGGCUUAUACACAGAAGAGACAUAUAAAGAAUAUGGUCCUCACUGGAAGGAGAACCUCUUCUACUCGCACUUAUUGGCAUUGCCUCUAUUUAUCCCAUUCAUCCCCUCGAUGCAUAGGAAACUCCUGAAACUAGCUGCCUCUCGGCCGUUAGGAUUACCAUUCCAAGAUUCAUAUGAAAAUCUACCAAUGGAGUUGCGAAAAGGGCUAGACCGAAUAUAUAUACCGAGCCAGCUCGCAUAUAUGGUCACCAAUGUACUGACGCAGUAUGCUUGUAUCCGGGGAGUCAACCUGCUUGCCUCGGCGGCAUCAGCACUCACCGUCACAAUUGUUCUGAAUGUACGGAAGUUGGUGAGCUUGUUAUUGAGUAUCUGGCUCUUUGGGAACAGGCUUUCACCAGGGACCUUGAUUGGAGCAUUUAUAGUAUUCUUCGCCGGCGGAAUGUAUGGAUUAGAAGGGUCCAAGAGUUCCGGACGAGCUAGACAUAGGGCAGCCACUGUUACCACCAAUGGUAAAAUAGGACAGAAUUGA